CUUCACCAUUCCCGGGGUCGUGAGCAAUCGAGACUGGAGGGAUUGGAGGAGGGUGGGUGGCCACAGGACCGGUGCAAUACAUCUCUCGACAGGAUCGAGUAUAGCUCGGUGGAUCUGACAGCGAGACGGUGGGCCCGUCGCUACAGCUCUGCAGGAUGGGCUGCGUGCGCGCCGUGGAGCCCAUUGUGGCGCUCUUUGCCUUCGCGGUCUUCCUCACGUCGCCGCUCAGUCAGCAGUACAUCUACCGCCGCUUGGGCAACUUCAGCACCAACGACAGCACUGGCUCCACGUGCAGUCCCAACGGCAGCGAUGUCGAAGACGAGCUCGAGAAGGAGGCACAGGCAGCUGCGUCCCUAUUCCAGGUACGCCUGGACCUCGUAGGGUUCUUCCCGGCCGUGCUGGCCUCGCUGGCGCUGGGCGUGUACAGCGACACCAGUGGGCGCCGUCUCAUGAUGAUACUGCCCUGCAUUGGCUACAGCGUGGAGAGUAUCAUCUACAUUCUCAUCGUGAGCCUGGAGCUGCCUCUGCCCUGGCUAUACCUGGGCUGCCUGCUGCGCGGGGCGACAGGAGGUUACGCCUCCAUCCUGGCCGGAAGCUUUGCGUACCUCACCGACGUGGCCAACCCUGCCAACCUCAACAUGCGCGUGGCCUGUCUGGACAUGCUGCUCGGGAUGAGUGGCGGCAUUGGUGCCGUCAUCUCGGGCCACAUGCUCCAGGCGAUGGGCUACGCAUACGUGUACCUGUGCGUGUGCCUCAUCCUGGUGCUCUGUAUCAUCUACGUGGCAUGCGUCCUCGAGGAGACUAUCACGAAGGAUAUUCAGGUGGAGUCACUGAUUCCGGCCGAGGACGAACAAGAUGACUCGAGCACGAUAUGCGACAGCGCAGCGGAGAUCCGAAUGCGCAUUCCAGCGGAGGCGCAAAAGACGAGGAACGUCCUCACAAAGCUUGUGAAGCAAAACUACAAGAGCUUCAGCAACCUGUUCUGUGAGGUGGACAGCGGGGUUUGCGGCACCGGCCUGGGCAGCAAGCGGUGGCGUCUCGCGCUGCUGCUCGCAGCCUUCACCUUCUACCUGCUGGCGGAGAUAGGCGGCUCCUUGCCCGUGUCUCUGUUCGAGAUGAAGGCGCCUCUGUGCUGGGACGCAUUGCUGCUGGGCUACGGCUCGGCAGUGGGCUUCGCCAUCUUCAUCACGAGCUUCGUGGGCGUGACGGUCCUCUCGCGUUGCCUCUCCGACCCGCCCAUCGCCCUCAUUGGCAUCUCCACGUUCACCGUAGGGAUGGCGAUGAUCUGCGGCGUGAAAACCACGCUCAUGAUGUUCCUCGUGCGCCUACCCCUGAUGUUUACCAUCAUGCCCGUCGCAGUAAUGAGAUCUAUGAUGUCCAAGACCGUUUUGCCAAGCGAGCAAGGAACGCUCUUCUCGUUGGUGGGAUCCUUGGAGUUGCUGGCUGGCAUUGUGGGAUCGGUGGUGUUCAACAACGUCUACGCCGUCACCGUGGGAUGGUUUUCCUGCUUGGUUUUCCUCCUCGCGUCCGCCGUUGCAGUCAUCCCGUUUUUGUUCUUGAGCGUCCUUUGGUGUAAUGAGAUCAUGUGCAGGAGACGCAGAGGAAUAUCUACUCUUCAAGAUGAGAGUGCUCAAAUUCACUAAAAAUGCCAGCAUUGUCGGUUCAACACCAGAGCCAAUGGGAUGCCGAUUGAAGACGGAAAAGGGAUUUCCACCGUAGCUUGUCAAUGAUGCCACUGUCAAAAAUGCUGGUGAUGUUUAAUGCACUAUGCAACAAAAAAACGUCUGCCUCCCAAAGAUAUUAAUUUGGAGUUUUUUUUUAAUGUACGUAUGCUAAGGUUUGUUUACAAAUAGGAAAUAUUGAUAGCGGUUUUAAAUGGGAAAAUGCAUUUUAGCUACACAGGGCUACGUUUUAAUGGCACAUGUUCCCAAAAGCAAUAUUCUGGUUUCCCUUAAUUCACUAUGAUAAAAAUUGCACUUGAUUUGCAAACAAGCCAUAUUUUACACGUCAUACAAUGAACCAUUGCUGCCCUUGAGCACAAUCAUAACCUUGAGGGACGAUGUUUUCGUCUGUACUGCACACUGAAAUCUGUGCAAUUGCAGAGCUCAAUGCAGUGCUCACAAGUGAAUCCGCUGCCCGUAAUGGCAGACUUCCACAGCACUGCCAAAACGGGGAAAAAGGGAAUCCUAGAUCGACCACGGGGGCUCUGUGUCCUGCACAUCGUGUAUACCCCAUCUUGUGACGCAGCAGGUCACAAUGAUUGCACUCACGCUGUACGUUGUUGCAUUGGAAUGCGUUGCGGUCAGUGAAGAAUGCGCUUAGAUCACCGUUCGUGGUGGUGGUGGUGGUGGCGUUGCAAACACAGUCGUACGUGUGCACUUUCUUUGAGUUUUAAAACAAACUUCUGCUUAGUUGUGAUGUGUGGUGUCUGCACACAGGUGUCUUGAAUGUAACCGAGCCACAUACACGUGUGUGUCUCAGUUAUGUUUGGAUUUUUUAUCUCAAUUUUAAUUUGUAUGCAAUAGUUUAUAUUUAAAAAACACAUCCAAUACUAUCAAUGAUAGUAAUACUGUACUCAAUUUAGACUAUAUUUGCCUUUUUAUUGUUUCAUGACUUACAACGUUUUUCCUGUUUUUUUGUAUCAGUAACGAUUGAUACAAAUAUGCUUUCCUUAUAAAUAUGAAGGUGUAGUUAUGGAUGGAGAGUUAAAACAUAAUUUAUCUUGCCAUGUUAAACUGAACCAAUGUCGCGAAUGUUAAUAAUUAUUUGCACAAGGACAAUGAAUAAACACAUUCUUUCGUAAAUUCCAUUGCCUUAAAAUGGGGACACAGAAUAACGUUUUGGACAAAGCUCAAUGCAAUUGAGAUCUGCAGCAACUCGUCAUUGCAUAUUUAUUGCCCAGAUGGUAGCACUAAGCAAUGUGUACCUGAGCCUCAGGUGCUGAUCUUAAGAUGAGAAUAUUGAGAAUACUUUAAUAAAUGAAAAACAAUGAAUAUUG